CCCCACCACAACGCGUUACUCUGAAUCUGGCGCUCUAUACUGUCAACGCCACACACUCAACAUAGAUCCCCGAGAAGUUGCUUUUAAUAAUGCUAUUCGCGAUCUUAAUGCUAGUAUUUUUAGAAGCCAGCGACAGGCCGCGCAGGCGUACGGAGUUCCCCGAUCGUCGCUACAAGAGCGCAUGAAGGGCCGCCAACCACACGCGAUAGCUCAUCAACAGCAGCAGCGAUUAACUCUAGAACAAGAGGCCUUUCUAGUAGACUAGAUACUUGAUGAGGACUCACGCGCACAACCUCCCUCCCAUCCACGCGUACGAGAAAUGGCCACCCGGCUCCUCCGCAUGAACGGCGACUACGAGCCUCUCGGGCAACUAUGGAUACCCCAUUUCAUCGCCCGCAACCCACGCGUCGCCUCUAUAGUCGGCCGAACGAUCGAGAGCGCACGGACUACGGCAGCUAGCUAUGAGACUAUUUAAGCAUUUCUUGAGCUGUUUGAGCGUACUCGAAUAGAGCUAGGCAUACAGUAUGAGGAUAUAUAGAAUAUGGAUAAGACUGGAGUUACACUAGAGAGAAUCGUGAGUAGGUAUUAAUUAUUAAGACUAUCUCAGCCGUCGGCGUUAAACUUUAAUGCCUAGUUAUCUUUAAGGGCAAACAUCUACAAUCAACGUAGUUGCCCGCACAAGGUACACCUAAUUAGCUCUACACAACGUUAGAGAAUGGAUAGACAUCAAACUUAAUUAGAUAUAAAUGGUUGCGGCGUAUCUUUAUACUAAAC